AUGACGUCUCGCCGACCCAGCACGGCCAAUGAUGCAGGUUCGCCACGUAUGCCUUUCACAUCAGCAGAGGCACUGCUCUGGGGACCUGAAAUGAAAAAGCAACAUGCAUAUCUUCUCACAGAGAUGCGUGCACUUCAGAAACAGCAUGAAGGCUACGAUGCUCGGAUACGAGCUACUGAAGCUAUUGCAGCAGCCGCAGAAGCUACCGCAGUACAAAUUCGUGACUUAGAACAACAACUCGCUGCCAUUGAGGCAGAAAACAAUGACAAGGGUUUCGAGAAGUGGGUUUCGAGCGAAAUGACACGACUGAGUGUUUUCGUCGAUACCAACAAGAACAUCAAAGAGAAGCAAAUUGAGCUUGACAACAAGGUAUCGAACAUGUCAGAAGCUUUGGCGAAGCUCUCACACAGGCCCAUGGAAUUAGACACUGUCCUCCAACGUCUUGAACUCCUUGAACAUAGUCGCAAGGAGGAUGCGGAUCGGAUCCAAAGUCUGGAAGCAGAGAUCGGCCGUCUCAGGUCUGUACGGGAAAGCGAAACUACUGACAGUGUUUGUGCAAUAGUGGGAACAACUUCAAAAAAAUACACCGAGACAGAGUUGAUAGAUUCACAGCUGUUGAAUUGUGAGACAUGGGACAGAACAACUGGACCGAAUGACGAGUCGAUAAUCCUUUCGCAAACAACCCCACUCGAGGAAGUACAAGUCCCUCAAAGUCCUGUGGUACAGACAGCAAGCCAUUGGACAGCCGUUACUGCAUCUCCUACCAAAGACUGGCUUGUUCCAUCGGCUAGACUGGGGCUAUCGCAAAGGCACCCAAUCCAUGAUUCAAAAGUAUCACGACCUAUAGAUGAGGAGAGUCUACAGCAAGUACCUGCUGAGAACCUAUGUUCCAAUAUGCGUCAUGCCUCUCCACCACCUACACAACUUGUUUCCAGGGAGCGGCAACGCAAGAAGCCUACCCCCGCAUCACAGCAGAAUGCUGCAACACUUCCUACAGACACAGCUCCAGCAAGCGAACUCCCAGCCACACAGCUCAUAGACAGGAGGCCACCCCGAAAGCGGAAGCAACCUCAUCCUGAGCCUCAAUCACAACGACUGACGCGCUCUUCGGCGAAGAAAAUGGAAGCGAGAGAAAGUGGGAUUCAGGCAUCGCUAGGAUCGAAGACUGUCCCAGUGGUCCAAUCAACAUCUAAAAUUGAGCUAAUAUCCUCACCACGGAAGAAGUUGAAGGGUUCACUCAAGAAGGAGAAAACGCCCACUCCCACUCCGGUGGCCGCGUGUUCAGAAGUUCCAAAAAGACUAAUAGUGAAACUACCAUCUCCACAAAAAGAAAAUCGCGUCGAUACUGGUCUCAUAAACCAUUCACCAAAUCACCGCGAAAAGCAGAGACUAGAACACGAUCAUUCUUCAAAGUACCUAAGAAACAUGCGAGCUCUCGGGGUGGGCAGCCUCAAGAGGAGUCGGCAAUCGUUCCGGUAA